UGAGUUCUGCAGCACCUCCAACAUGCUCAAGACACUGGACAGAUACCAGAAGUGUAGUUAUGGUUCAAUUGAAGUCAACAACAAACCUGCCAAAGAACUCGAGAAUAGCUACAGAGAGUAUUUGAAGCUGAAAGGUAGAUAUGAAAAUCUGCAACUUCAGCAGAGAAAUUUACUUGGAGAAGACCUUGGACCUUUGAACUCAAAAGAGCUAGAGCAGCUUGAGCGUCAACUAGACGGCUCUCUGAAGCAAGUUCGCUGCAUCAAGACACAGUAUAUGCUUGACCAGCUCACUGACCUCCAAGGCAAAGAGCAUAUGUUGCUUGAAGCCAAUAGAGCUUUGUCAAUGAAGCUGGAAGAUAUGAUAGGCAUGAGAAGUCACCACGUAGGAGGGACAUGGGAAGGCGGUGAUCAGCAAAAUGUUGCCUAUGGACAUCAUCAGACUCAAUCUCAGGGACUGUUCCAGUCUCUUGAAUGUGAUUCCACUUUGCAAAUUGGGUACAACCAUCCAGUGUGUUCAGAGCAAAUGGCUGUAACGACUCAAGGUCAGAUCCAACCAGGAAACGGUUACAUCCCUGGCUGGAUGCUCUGAGUGAUGCAUGCUUCUGAUCUAAUGAUGAGAACAAGCUGGAUCUUUAAGCGUUCAAGUGGUGGGUUCUUGAUGAUGAAAAUGAGAUAUGGAUUAUAUUAGUACGGAAUGUAAUGAAUUGUGUUUAUGUAAUGACAUAAGUGGCUAUAUAUAGUUGUGAUAGCCUUCAACACCA